UUUGAAGAACAGCAAAAGAAGCGACAGUCAGGUCGCGACACACCUGAAAGCGAGCAAGUUGAAACGCUGAGAUCGCAACUUCUGGAAGCUGAACGUUUGUUAGAAAGUUCAAUUUCGGCGCCGCUUGCCUUGCAGCCACUGUUAAGAAGGACGAGCGAGCUGGAGAUGAGUUAUAUCAGUCAGCAGCGAAUGGAAUGCAUUGCUGAAAUGCGGGAAGCUAUUGAGCACAUCGAUAAACUUCGCAGAAAACAAUCAAGCAUUGUUUCUUCCAUUAAGCUAGCCACUGGCGCUUCUGCUGGCACUGAUCACAUCGAUUCGCGCAUUUUCUCCCUUAAAGCGCGAAUGGAGAAGAUUGCGCUGGCGAUGAAUGAGUGUCAUCAGCGAUGGGUCGAAAUCGAAUCGCUCUGUGGCUUCCCAAUAGUCACCUCGCCAACUGAUAUAACUGCUGGUCAGGCAACAAGCAUAGCUUCGUCAUCAACUUCCGAAAGUAGUCCAGCCGUUGUGACCGGAGGUGGCUGUACGUGUGCACACGAAAGUUUUAUCUCUGCAACAACAGCUCGAAAUGUAACUUCCGGCCAUCCGCAAAAGCGUAUCUAUGAGAACGCAACAAGGCCAGUGAGAUUUAUCGCGGCUGAAGACGAGCAAAUGCGACGUUCCGCUUCCUCAGAUCGAACUCCGUGCUUAAAUACACUCAGCGGGAAAAAAAUGAAAAAGGGAAGAGAGGGUGAGGAAAAGGGAAAGCAGGCUUUGCAACUCGUUGCAACAUUCCAUGCUUUGAGUCAAAGAUUGCAUAAUUUCAGGAUCAAACAAGAUUUGAGGUUAUUCAAGCGAAGUGUUUCGAAUACAUUGCUUGGGCUGUCACAGUCGAAUUCUAACGAGAAUGAUGAUGGUGAUGAUGCGGAUGCACUUGCUGGAAACAAACGGCAGAAGUUGCCUAAUGGUCUAAUUUUUGGCGGUAAUAAAAAGCGGAAAUUGACUGGUUUGUUCCGUAAAAUAACGAAAUCAUAA